UAGUGAACAUAUUAGUAUGUUUGGCGUCGGUUCAUGUUGUUUCAUGGACAUAUGGUUUUUCUGGAGAAAUUUUGUUAUAUUCGGAUCCGACGAACUGUGCGGAUAAGGAAUAUUUUGACGCACAUUUACUUAAAUGUGUUGUCUGUAACGAAUUAGAAAACCUGGAACCAACCACAGAUAAGCUGUCAUGUACAUGUAACAUGCAGAGUAAGGUUACACAGCUGACUGGGGGAGAUUUCCCAGUCUGUGAAUUGUGCCCAGACAAUGAAGUGCCAACGUCUGAUAAACUCAACUGCCUGCCAUGUUUAACUAAGACUCUUGAAGGGAAUGACACUGUGGUUUGUACAACAUGUGGACCGCAGGAGAUACAAGUUGAGAGACACUACAAUGGAACAUUGCGUGAUGCGCUCAGUUGUUUGACCUGCACGGUGGGGACAGUUCCUUCAUCUGAUCAGACGAUUUGUGUACCCUGUUUGUUAACAUCUCAUAAUUGUUCCUGUCCUGCCUUCACUCAUGAACUGUUAGACGGGAUUUGUGUUCCACUCAGUGGCCUUGCCAACUGGUCAGAUGACAGAAAUAGUUACAUUAUAGAAUUUGAAUCUGGUGACAAGAUUGAUUCAUAUUUCCUCAGGAAAUACUUAAAGUCUUCAGUACAGUUAUGUGAGACAGGGAACCGGACUGCAUGCCAACUGGUGGCCAACAUGUGCACCCUAGUAAUGUUCCGUGAUGACUAUGCUGGAAGCCCCUGUAAACUGUUUCAAGAGUCCAAACACAUCCCAACCUCUGAUAGCAGUAUACUACCAUGGCUGUACUAUGAGGAGGGUGAUGCACAAACUGUGCUGUCCAGGAAGAAGAUUACAACCAAGUACAGCAUGGAUCCCAGCUCUAAGGCCAACAGGCUGAACCUGACAGUCAUACGUUUCACACCAGAAGGCCGCAUGAAGGGGAUUUCUGCUGCUAGUGGCAGUUUCCUGCAGCUAUGUCCUGGCUCAUGGACAUCCCUGGACAAGGGACUGCGUUUUGGUGCCUGGUACCGGCGCUCCUGUACAGUGCCUGCCCAUCAGCUGGUCCAGAUGAGGGAUACUGAGUUUCUAGAUCUGUAUCUUGAGUACUGGGAAGGAGGGCAAUCAUUGCUGUAUGCCAUCCCUGUUCUGGUACUGGACCUCAAACUGAGGGGAAAGUCACCAAAUAAGGGCACAGACAGGGCUCAGUGGCAGCUGACAAGGAGAUUCUUUCUUAUUGACAAGGUGGGGGGCAUGAUGUUCAAGUCAAACAGCAAAGUGUCAGAUACUCCAACUGUCAUCAGAUAUGUGCAGUCCUGCACACUGAGGGUGAAAGUACGGGGACAUGAGGGGGAGGGUCAGAUCUAUCCCCCUCUCUUGGUGCUCAAGUAUGGUGAGAUCACACAGGAAGAGAUUGAAACCAAUGCUGAGGUGCCAUUCGCAUUCAGUGUGGAAUAUGAAAUGGAGAACUCUAUGUCACAUGCUAUUGAGGUAUCAGUGGGAGUGCUUAGUGCUCUGGCAGUCAUCUGGUCAGGUGUUCAGACAUGGAGCAGUUCCCGUCGAUGUGGUCGAGUUGGCAUUGACCAUGUCACUUUAGGUAAACUGUUCAUAUUUGCAUGUGGAAACCUUGCAAAUGUGUUCUUCCUUGUUGUGGCCUGUGCCAGUUUCCACACGUUCAUGUUCUACAAGGGCCAGAGCGUCGUGCAGGUAUUGCUGCCAUCCCACCGACAAGAACAGCUUGUCAGGAGCUACGCCAUCUCAGCUUUCUCUCUCAAGAUAGUUGAAGUUAUUCACCUGAUCUGGAGGCAGAGUUCUAUUGACAUAUUUUUCAUUGACUGGGAGCGACCACGUGCUUGCAGUUCCAUGGCGCAAUCCCGAAGUCAGCUAACUAGCACAGUAUCGGAUAAUUUGGAGCAGCCAGUCAGCAUCUGGAGGACAUACUUUGUGGCCAAUGAGUGGAAUGAGAUACAGACUACAAGGAAGACCAGCCUCUUUUUCCAGCUGGUUCUGACAGUCUUUGUGCUCAAGGUGAUUGGUGUGGAGCACUGGGCGGUGGCUGACCCAGAAGUGCACACUGCCCCUCCAGAGUAUAUGGAGGACAGUUCUGCAAGCCCGAUCUGCCGUUUUGCUGUAGGGGUGAUGACCUACUUGAUAAUCUACUUGCUGCAGAGGCUGUUCAUGGUUCUUGUAUAUGAGCGGUACAUCAAGAACUCAAUUCAGGACUUUGUCGACAUUUGCUCCCUGGCCAAUAUCAGUGUCUUCAUUCUAGCUCUGGAGAAUUAUGGAUUCUAUAUUCAUGGAAGAUCAGCGCAUGGGUUUGCAGACACAGACAUGCAGACAAUAAUGAGGCAACUACAGAGAGAGGAAGAGGAUCUGUGUGGACACCGGGGACUGUUGCCUGGCACUGAUCAGCAGACCUUCCAGAUGGCAAUUCCUCUACAACUGCGGUCCUAUUAUCAGAAAGUCAUGGCUCCAAUUAAUUCUAUAACGCUGUCUACAAAAAGGAUGUCGGUGGCUGGUCCUGCAGCCCUCAGAUCCAAAGUAUUGUCAGCAAAUAUGGACAGAAUAAUUCAAGCAUACCACAACAUGAACAAAUUCCUGGCUGCUUAUCUUGAACAUGCACUGAAGGACUUGGAUUAUGAUGUGAGAGAGAAGACAUUUGUUGAAUCUCUACUUGACAUUGAGUUUACGGAAAUCUUCGACAAAGGAAUUUUGUAUACAGAUACUGGUCAUUCUUUUGACAAUGUUCUCUUCUAUGGAAAUGAAUUUACAUUGGCAACAUUUGACAUUUUUCUGUUUUUCUUCAUCGAGAUGCUUUUCCAUGACUUCCUGUUAGCUGCUGUUAUCACCGCAUUCUUUGCAAAGAUGCUUGUGAUCAUCCACAGAGUGGGUGGAAGGCACAACCUGGCCAGAAAGACACUCAUAGAUGAAAGAUUUCUGGUAUGAGUUACAGUAUGUCACAGUUCCAUGAGGUUAGCUCUUCAGAUUUAUCAGAUUUAUUGCACUGCAUAAGUUUGAAUUAUGGUGAAGAAAACUGUAGCUUUUUCCGAACAGCUGCUACAGAAAAACUGAAAUUCUGGACUAACAAAAUGUGCACAAGAAAGUUGGUUUGUAUUGACUGUAGGACACAGCUGUCUGGCAGUCUUACUCUCAUGUAAUAUCCUUAUUUUGCUGGUUUAUCCCACGCAUGCUUCCAGCAAAAUCACACUCCGGUGUCUAAUGUUGCACCUGCAACAGUUGUAUAUUGUAUUUCUAAGGGUUCUGUAUGAUCCUGACAUGGAAAAAGUUGGACUCUCCUUUUUUUACAAAUUUCCUAUGUAAUGCUUCAGCUUUUUGAAGUUAACUGUAUCAUCUGUAGAAGCUGUCCCAAUGUUUCGGUAUACAUUUCAGUCUGCAUGUUCAGGGAAAGUGAACAAUGGAAGAGUUUGAACAUAUGACAUGACUAAAUCCCAAAAGCCAAAGGAGCAUACUAUAUGCCUGCUAUGAAAAACCAAGGAGAGGAAUAACUGUUCCCUCUUUGAGCAUCCAGAGCAACAUUCUCUUGCCCGACCCAACUUAACAGUUCUUUUCAUACACUGCAUACUAUGUGUUCCACAUGACAAGUGUAGAGGAAAACUUGCAACAUGAAAAUUUUAUAUGACUUCAUGUCAUGCUGUCAUGUUUCAAUGUUGUCCUCUCAUCAAGCUGGCUGGUGCAGUGACAGUGCUGUAGACUCAUGUUUGGGAGGUGCUCUGUUCAAAUCACAGCAGGGAUGCUGGCUAUCAUGGCUGAGGUUAUUCUGUGGUUUUCCUUGGUGCCUCCAGGAAAGUGCUAGGAUAGCAUCUUCUUUAGAUCACAGUCAUUUUCUUCCAGUUCAUCAGACAUUCAGACAUCCUGCCACAUAAUGUUAUGUAGUUAGAUAAUGACAGUGUUAUAAAAUAAUCAAUAAAAGAAGUCUUCUCCUCCUCUGCCUCCCCUCCAUCUAUCUCUGUUUCCCCAAAGCUCUUCCUGUUUCCUCCCAUGUUCUUCCUAUCUUCUGUGUGCAUCUUUUGUAACCUGUUGUUCCCAUCUUAAGCCUGGUCUUCCUCAUAGGUGUUUUUCUCUUAGUUUCACAUUCAAAAUCUACUUUGGAUUUCCACCUUCAUUCAUUCUCAAAGUGUGGCCAUACCAUCUUUGUGUUCUCAGUAACAUGUGAACAGUAACUGUGGCGAUUCAACCAGUGUCACAAGCCUCUAGAGAACCUUUCUCAAGAGAGUCUGGUGUCUUCAGAAACAGUGCUUCGAUAACAGGGCCAAGGGGAUUCUGAAGGAUGACAAGUUUAUUGCAGGACUGAGUAAAGCAAUGAUGAAAACUGAAAGCUGAAGUUGGCUGAUGUAAAGUUAACCUGCAUUUCAUCCCUCACAACAUGUUCCUGAUGUAGGACAAAACUGAAUGGCAGAAGUAAUGUCAGGAUGUGAGGAUGACAAAAACGGAAGGGCAGGGCAUGAGCUGUGUGAAAACAAUGACACAGCCAUCUUUAUUCUCCUUUAUAAAGUUAGACAACAAGCUGCACAUGUAGCUAAACACCACGAUCAUAACUUCACUCAGGGGUGUACAAUACUGCUGCAGUUAUUCUCUAAAUUGUACUCAAUAUGAUCACAUGAAAUGGACAGCUGACUGAUUUCUACUUAUAUAUAUAUAUAUUGUAACGUGUUUGGAGUAGGUACUUCCAUGGUAACGCAAUAACAGUGGGCCGUUGUGUAGAGAAUGCCGAAACAACGAAUGCAUUUCCCUAGAGAUGAACAACAGAGGGUUCAUUGCGAAACAGUGGACUGUUGAAACAGCAGAAACGGAACUGUGAGAAAUGGUUUCUGGUAUCCGGUCCACAUAACGCCUAUACAAGAGAGUUUGAAGCAGACACGUAGACAUAUAUGAAUGAGACAGUCGAGAUCCAGCCACAGCCAAGGACAGUUGAGAGGUCACAGCUGCAGUAGAAGCAUUGAAGUGGAGGCAGUAGUUGUGAUAAUGCAAGUGAUAGUAAUUGUAUUCCUGACUCUAAGUAAGUGUGGAUGAAUGCGUCCAAUAAACAAUUGAAUCCAAAGGCCACGUGAAGUUAUUUGUCACAUGACAUACCCAACACGUGACAAUAUAUAUAUAUACAGACUCAUUAUAGGAUAGGAAUGUAUGACGCAGGCUUUCUUCACAGUAUCCACGUACAUGGGAAAACAAGAACAACAGCAGAAUAUGUCCUGUUUGUUUACACUGCAGAAGUAAUAGGGAGCUGAGAAAUUAGUUGCAAAGGUUUUUUUUUUAUAUUUCAUUCAGCAAAUCGUAGUGGAUAUUUUGAUGUAAAGAAGAAUAUAAAUUAAUCAAUUUGUACUCAUUUUCCACACAUAAUAAUGGAACUGUUUCCUCUCUGAACCAACCCCUGUAAUCUCCCUUAUCAAGCUAGGAGCUAGGGUUGCUUGAUCAAGCCCCCCCCUAAACCAGGAUUAGAUGCCAUUAAUUUGACAAACUUGACUACACCUGUAAUUGUAAAACAAAGCACAGAUCACCAGGCUGCCAUACCUCAAGACUUUGCUCACAUACAUGUAAUACAAUACCCUGACAUCUAUAUGCUGGUACUGGCUCCAUGAAACUUGGCACUAAUGGACUAUCAAUGAUUCUCAGUUUUGUUUCAAAUCUAUUCAGAAACCAAUGUAACAAAGCACAAAUAUUUACUUGAUAUGGAUGUAUUCCCCACUUUAUGUUAUAGUGAUGUGGACUUAAUAUUCUCAUUUGUUAUUACAUUUAAUUUCCAGUUCUGUCUUGAGAGGUAAGAGUCCCAUUGGACAUAACUGCAAUAUGGUCCCAUUGUGAGCAAAUGAUGUAAUAUUCAUUAUAUGAUUUGUGGUACUGAACCCUUGAAAUUAGCAAUAAACAACUGCCUAUCUCAGGAAUUGUUGAUAUUAGCUUAUUGCAUACAUUUGUGUUUGAUUUUACCUAUGGACAGCAUGAAGCUUCACAAUUUGUGUGUCAAAUAUUACCUGGUUCUGCUAUCUCACUGAAGGAUGCACAUGUGCAGCUGAAGAUUGGCAUUCUGAUAAAAAAUUUAAUGCAUUCCUCAGUAUUUCCAGUGAGUACUGAAACAGGCCAUGACAGCUUCACUGUGCAUAAUCACAUCCAUUCUUACAGGGGACACUCUUCUGGGACGUAAUGCUGUUUAGUCUGGAGAGUGUUCAGACUCAGCUUACCAUCUGCUUCUGCUUAGCUGACCCUUCAUCCCUGAAGAUGGAGGCAAUAUGGUCCUCUGGAAUGUCAGGCUGUCUAGAGCUACAUGGUAUUGCAACCCAAAAGACUCUAUUCUUCAUAGUCAUCACCAUGAAUGAGAACCUCAAAUCCAACAUCUCAAUUCAUGCAAUUACUGGCUUUUUGGAAAUUAUCCUUCAUCCUGCUUUUUAUUUAAAACCAAAUUUUGGAGACUGCACUCUGUCUCUGUCCUAAUGUAAAAGUGUUCUCAGCUGGGCCCAAUCAAUAGAGCGGGUCCCUAUGUCCUGCGAUAGGAACUAGCUCUACCAAUGCAACCCAACAGAGUAUGCCUUUUACUUGGGGAUGGAGAUAAAAUCUGGUCUUCAAUACAUUGGUUUUAAAUAAAAAGCAGGACAAAUGAUAAUGUCCAAAAAGUUAAUAACUGCAUUAAUACUUGUAGUUACUGUAGGAUUCUGACAGUGGUGUAUAACACAGAGAGAUAUUGGGUUUUUGGACUUUAU